CAAUCCGUGGCACCAGUCUGGCUCAGUGAGUCGCUUUAAGACUAUCAGUGUCAUGGCACCAUCACAUCCUCCGACUGCUGGAUCUUCCGCUGUUUCUUAUUAGUGACAGUGCGCCACUAGGGGAAUCAUUUUACGCACGAGCACCUACAGGCACAACCCGACUGUGGCAAGCCUCUGUCCUCCUGUUGCGCCAUGGAGAACUCCAGCCUGAUGGGUGGCGACGUGCAAAACGCUGGCUUGAUAGACUUUCUCACGUCGGACACUUUAAAACAAGUUGUGGAUUUCCCAGAGGACGCUGCCAUGGCUGGAUUAGUGGCCAGCAGUGCUGUCUUCCUCGAAGGCAGCACAUUCAGGACUGCCGCUGGAGCUGAGUUUAUGGCCGUUCCGCCGACGGAAUCCCCUCACCUGAUGCCUGCCUUUUGGGAUUCCCCGCUCAGUCACGGAAUCAAUGUGUUUGUGGGACUUGUUCUGUGCUUCACCAUGCUGGGGCUGGGCUGCACGGUGGAGGUUAACCAGCUUGGAGAGCAUAUCCGCAGACCCAUCGGGGUGCUGCUGGCACUGGUGUGUCAGUUUGUUAUCAUGCCCUUGGUGGCCUUUCUGUUGGCUUUAGCUUUCUCUCUGGAUGAUGUGGCAGCGAUGGCUGUUCUUCUCUGUGGGUGCUGCCCGGGAGGAAACUUAUCAAAUAUCAUGUCACUGCUGGUGCACGGGGAGAUGAAUCUCAGCAUCAUCAUGACCAUAUCAUCCACUCUGCUGGCGCUCGUGCUGAUGCCGCUGUGUCUGUGGAUCUACAGCCGAGCCUGGAUCAACACACCUGUGGUGAACCUCAUGCCCUUCGGGGCCAUCAUCCUGACCCUGUGCAGCACUCUCAUCCCUAUUGGUUUGGGAGUUAUGCUGAGAUACCGCUACACGCGUGUGGCCGACAUUGUUUUAAAGGCAUCCCUGUGGUCUCUGCUGGUCACCCUUGUGAUGCUCUUCAUCCUGACCGGAGCGAUGCUGGGGCCGGAGCUCCUGUCCACCAUCCCACCCUCUGUCUACGUGGUGGCCAUCCUGAUGCCUCUGUGUGGCUACGCUGCAGGUUACGGCCUGGCUAUGCUCUUUGACCUGCCUCCCAACAGCCGCAGGUCAGUCUCUCUGGAGACAGGAUGCCAGAACGUGCAGCUGUGCACUGCCAUCCUGAAGCUGGCCUUCCCUCCUCAGCUGAUGGGAGGGAUGUACAUGUUCCCUCUGCUGUACGCCCUGUUCCAAGCAGCUGAGGCGGGCAUUUUCAUCCUGGCAUACAGGAUGUACAGGAAGAAGGUCCUGCACAAACCAGAUCCCAUGAAGGACAGCGAGGACACGGAUAUAACAUACCAGAGGUUUCAGGAUGAUGAAGACAUUGACACAUCUUAUGGUGCCGUGACAGUGUCUGACCCAAACACCAUCAUGCUGGACCCCUGUCCUCCUGAUCCAACUCCUGUUUAAUGUGCAAAUGUUUAAAGUCACUUCUUCAGAUGUAGGGGAGCAGAAUAAAACCUGCACGUGGAUUCAGUUUGAUCGCUGUCAUUGAAAACCUGGGAGACUUUGCAGGGAAAACCAGAAUGUUUAUCACUGACCUGAUUGCUGAAAAAAAGGUGCUUUGUCAUUUGCUUCAUUCAUUCAAUUUGUCAAUUUAUGUCUAAUAUGGGAUGAAAAAGCAUCAUAAUGUUUUACAUUAUUGCAUCAGCUAAAGCAAAUCAUGCCAUCUAAGCAAAACAGCAUUUAGUUUCACAGAUGGACAGUGCUUCAGUGUGUGUGAGUGGAAGAAAGACAUCUGACAAACAUAUCAUGUUAUUCAUCGCAGUGCCAAUCCAGUAUGUGUGCUCCAUAGACACAACUAAGUCUGAACAAAAUGUACAAUAUGUGUAUAUUAUAAAGAGUUGCAUCGAGACAAUAAAACGU